AAUAGUAUAGAUUAAACACAUCAGUUAGGAGUAUUGUUUUUUUUCAUGCCGUUCACCGGUUAUGCAUGAUCGUUUAUUGGCAUAAAAAAAUUAUUAAACCGGACUAAAACAAGCAUUUUACCCGGUAUAAACCGGUUCGCCUAACAGCAUUUAUUGCUCGUCCGGCCAGAGUGGUGUCUCGAGCGUAUACAAUAGAUACACGUACAUGAAAUUACAUACACAUGUGUAGUCGGACAGUGUGUAGUAUAUAUAAACACCUCUCGAUGCAAAGAAAAACACCAGCUUCUGAGUUUUCUUUUGUUAUAUAGACCCAAGUCACCCAACUAAAUGUAUUGUCUUCAAGUUGCAGCUUAUCACUUGUUCUUCAACGCUUCGCGGUUAUGUUAUCUUCUUGCUUUAAUUGUUUUUGUCUUUCUCAGAUUCUCUUCUAUUUUCCAUAAUAUCUCAAUGGUUAAUCACGUUGGCGAAUCCAGAACGGCUUCGUUUUUGGCGAUCGUUGAUACACAACAAGCUCAGAGAGAUCUGAAUGUAACUUUCUCUGGUGCUUUCUUAGGAUAUGUAAUCCAAGAUAUUGCUGACAAAUUGUGUUGUAGUUAGUUGUUUAAUGUUUAUGUACUUAUAUAAUAACGAUGAUUAUGCUUUGCUUUGUA